CAAGAGCCGCACUUGCUGUGGUCUGGCUGUCCCUCUCGAGCAAGUUUGUGCCUGCUGCCUUUCGUUAGACUGGCUAGAGCAACAAACGCUUUGAUUACAAGGCUGAUAGGGCCGCUGGUAGAGCGUGUGCUUACACAGGUUCAGCGACGGUCCGCCAGUUAGGGUUCGUGCUAUGCAACACCGCAACACCACAGCAGGAUGCGGACGCGGGCAGGGGCCUUCUUUGGGAAACAGCGGUCUACCAGUCCCUCUGGCAGCAGCACUUCAGCAUCCAGGCAAUGGCUGCGGUCCAGCCCUGGACGCACGCAAAGGCCGGCGGCCCACAGGGUAUUAGCCGUGCGCAGCGCCGGCAGCAGCAGCAGGUGCAGCAACAGGCUGAGGCCGGGGCGCUGGUAGUGCCAACGGUGAUCACCUCGUUCCCAGAGCACCUUCGGCCUGAGGUGCUGGCCAAUGGCGUGCUGCUGGUUGACAAGCCGCCGCAUUGGGAGGUCCCAGAGGUGGUUGCGGCGGUGCAGCGAGCCACCGGCGCCGACAAGGUGGCCUCGGUGGCGCCACUGGAUGCCCGCGCGAGCGGCCUUAUGCUGUUGUGCUUCGGGUCGGCCACACGCCUGGCGCCGCGGGUGGAGCGGGCGGCAAAGCGCUACACGGGUACGCUGGUACUGGGCGGCUCUUCGCUAAGCGGUGACGUGCGGGGCGGCAGCUUCCGAGCGGCCCAGCUGCCGGCUGAGCAUCUCACAGAUGAGGACCUGCGGGAGGCGGCGCAGGGACUGGUAACGGCAGCGGCAGGGGCGCCAGUGCACGGUGCCGUCGCGACUGGGCACCAGGGGGGCGGCGGCCUAGCACUGCGUGUGCUGCCGCGGACCUGGCGGCUGCGGCAGCUGCCCAGCAGCACUGAAUACUACGAGGAGCGCGUGGAGCCAAGCAUGCGCACAUUGGACAUGGAGCUGCUAGAUUUCCGUGUGUGGCGAGAAUCCGCGCUCUCCCACAAUGACGGAGCUGCUGGCGCCGAGUACGACCAACAUGACCAGCACAAACAGGAGCUGGGGCGCGGUUUGGUAUGGACGCGAUCACCGCCGCACCCCCGUCCGGUCGUGCUGCGCUUCUCGGCCCUCCUGGUGGGGCGCAGCCACGUGCGAUCGCUCAUUGCUAUGUAUGGCAGACGGCUGCGUACUGCCGCUUGCCUCGACGACCUGCGCCGUACAGAGAUUGGCAGCUUCAACGUGGAGGAGGCAUGGCCGCUGGAGGCGCUGGUGCCGGUGCUGCAACGGCACGCGCAUUGACCACUGCGGCGCUAGCGCCUAUGUCACUGCACGCAGCAAAGCGUUUCCAGGCCACCUGUGUGUGUGUGUGUGUGUGUGUGUGUGUGUGUGUGUGUGUGUGUGUGUGUGUGUGUGUGUGUGUGUUGCGCUGGGCCAAUGUGCCAGGCCACUGCUGCUACUCAGCAAUGUCGUCAAGUGGCGAUGUGGACGGAAUGGCGCACUGGAGAAGGCUGCUACGCCUCAUGUCCAUAUGGGAGGUCAUAUACCGUACUACAAUGGAAUGUAUGGGCGAAUCGUGUAAGGCUUGCGCAUAAGAGUUGUAAACAGGCACCAAUGCCAUAUGUAUAAUUAGCCAUACUUGUAACUUGCAACUCGAGUGAUGGGGAGUGUGUGCUGUAGCGUGAGUGUGCAGAGUCUGGAGGAAAAGUUGAUCCUGUCCUCGCCAGCCGUCCGGCCUAGGUCCGUGAUGUGAGGAGCUAGAUAGGUUGAUCCUGUCUUAGCGCCAGCCCUCUUACACCGUCCUGAGUGGUUCGUCUGUCCCAGGCGCAAACUUAACACAUUGCUGCGGCGUGUGGGGACGCGGCGUAGGCGAGAGCCACGGAUGCCCCUACUAUUGUGGGGGCAUGUCGCAAGCUCGCAACCGUGGAGGGCACUGUAAAUCUUCGACUGCAGUUUCCGUGCUGUAAUGCCCCUUCGCCCUUUACAGUCAUGUGUACGCGCCCGCGUGGGGUGGUAGGCUCGCGAUUGCAUUCCAGCAUGCUUAGAUCGCGCUUGCCUGUGUUGAAGAAAAGCGGAUAAAGCCUUGGUCCGGGGUGACUAGCUUGUACGCGUCGAGCGUCACACAAGCGCUGGGCGAUCAGGCGGUAGCUGGGCAAGUAUGUUCGCCUCAGUGCUCCAUUUACUCGUUUGACAGCUUGGCUUUGCUGCUAGACGGCCAAAAAAUGGAUGUGUCGUGCACUCGUGCUUGACCUGCGGACGCAUUGAAGGUGCCGCCGCUGCCCUCGCGUGCCCUGACGCGCAGCGUACCCAGCAACCGCCUGGCAACGCUGCAGCCGGGGCAGAGCGACUACACGUGCCACUCCCGUUCGACCCAUCUUCAUGGGACGGGCCGCAGCGGACUUGCACGGCGAGGCUGGCCCUUGGGCUGACCGCCUGGCCGGGGCAGGUGUGCGUGAGGCUGCCCGGCAGCCUCACGCACAUCCCGGCGACAGUCACCCACCGGC